AUGACGUCACGCGUCAGACGGAGCGACGCUCGCUUUGCGACCAACGCUGCUCUCGCUGAGACUGAGGCGACCACCGUGAACCUCUCCAAGGAGGUCCAGUCGAACGCGAACCAGCUCCACAACGCAGCAUUCGAUGCCGCCACAUCCGCUCAGAUCAAGGAGCCCCUUUCUGGCUCUGCAGUGAACCAGCUUGAGGAAGGCCUCGCACACAAGACGGACGCAGCUGCUUCACAAGGCGCUGUUGAUGUCGAGGCCGCCAAGGCCACUGCUACCGGCUACGUCGAGCAGGCGAAGAACCUCGCCAGCGGCGCAUUUGCUACGGCACAGUCGUACGUGCCCAGCACCACUACCACGAGCAACGCAGCGAGCGGUGUUUCCUCCACCGUUCAGUCCGCUGUCGCAACCGGCCAACAAUACCUCGCGUCCGCGCAGGAAGCUGCCAAGCCGUAUGUCGCGUCCGCGAUCGCCACCGCGAAGCCCUACGUCGACUCGGCAGCGGCCACUGCGAAGCCCUACGUUGACCAGGCCUCUGCCGCCGCACAACCACAUAUCGAGAAGGCGAAGAGCGUUCUCCCCGGGGUUUCCUCCACGGAGCCCGCCGCAACGAAACCCCCUGCGCCUUCCGCCACCACGGCACCUCUCGAGUCUGGCCCCCACGUUGUCGGCGGACCGUAUCCUGCGACGACGACGGGCCAGUCGACGAAGGUCGCGGAGUUGUAGAUGCAUAUACCCGGAUUUAUUGUCUCCCCCGCCUGCAGGCACGAUUGUAUGAUUAUUUCGGGCGCAUUACUGUAGUUUAGGAUGUAAUCAAUACGAAUCUU